AUGAUCAAAGUUACGGACAGGGAAAGGCUCGGGAGCCCCGAUUCAUCUCAAGAGGAUGUUUCAGGACUCAGAGCCUCCUUCUCCUCUUUACUGAGGAUGAAGAAGAUGCCCAUUGACCGGUCUGAGUGGGAAAGUUAUUUCGAUGAAAGUGGCCAUAUUCUGAAAUCCCAAGAGUUUGUUUCGUCCCAAAUCCUGGAGAGGGGUCUGGAUCCCUCGGUGAGAUCGGAAGCCUGGAAGUUUCUCACAGGAUACUAUUCGUGGCAAACGUCUUGCGACGAGAGACUCACCGUUGAAAGCAUGAGAAGGAAAAGUUACGAGUCCUUGUGCAACAUGUAUGACAAGAUCCAGCCCUUGCUGGAGACCGAACACCGGGAUUUCAUGGAAGUCCGCAACUUCAUCAAGUCUGAUGUGCAGAGGCUUUACAUCAAAGAUGCCCAAGGCAACACCAUUGUGGACAAGGGUCAGCUGGAAAAGAUCCUUCUGCUAAACUACGUGUGCAACGUGGAGGCUGAAUAUCAGCAGGGUUUCCAUGAGAUGCUUCUACUCUUCCGGCUGCUUGUGGAAAAGGAGCACGAGAUCUAUUGGCUGUUCCAGUUCUUUCUCCAGAAAACAGAGAACAGCUGCAUCUUGAACAUAGGGGUGGAGAAGAACCUGACCAUGCUCAAAUGCUUGAUUGGUUUUAUGGACCCCAUCUUUGCGAAGCAUCUGGAAGGAAAAGGUCAAGUGAUUCAGUCCUUGUUCCCAUGGUUCUGCCUCUUCUUCCAGCGGGUCUUCAAGUCCUUUGAUGACGUCUGGAGACUUUGGGAGGUGUUUCUAACCGGGAUGCCCUGCAGAAACUUCCAGGUGAUUGUAGCCUACACGAUGCUACGGAUGGUGAGAGACCAGAUCCUCCAAGAAGACAUAAGCGGGGACGACAUUGUGAUGCUUUGCAAUAACCUCAUAGAUCUGGAAGCCAACGAGUUGAUCUCCAAAGCUUGUACCACCUAUGAGCUUGUCAUGAAAUAUCCAGAAAAGGUCCCUCAGGAGCUGCAAGAGUUCUUCGGCCAGCCACAGUAA